UGGAUUCCUUCCGAGCUGGGGCAGGUGUCGGCGGCAACGCGGCCACGCCACCGUGCUCGGAGCGGGCGACUGGGCAGGACGGGACAGAGCGGUGCUGUGAGGAGCCUCCUCGCAGCCAACUCCUUUCUCGUCGACCAGGAGCGUUUCUGAGAGUUCUUUUUUCAUCAAAUUCCCUCGAGGCCACACCACAGGAGUUGAGGACCCGGAGCGUUUCUGAGGUGACCCCACUCCCUGUGGGAGUGGCCCUCGAGGCCAGGCCACGGGCCUUGGUGACCCGGAGCUUUUCCGAGGAGUCACCAGUCCCUGUGGCAGUGGCCCUUGAGGCCAUUUUUGGAAACUUUGCCACCAGGGGCUGUUCCAAGCCAUCAGCAGCCCCUGUGGCAGUGGCCCUUGAGGCCAUUUGUUGAGACUUUGCCACCAGGGGCUGUUCCAAGUCAUCAGCAGCCCCUGUGGCAGUGGCCCUUGAGGCCAUUUUGUGAGACUUUGCCAUCAGGGGCUUUUCCAAAACAUCCCCAGUCCCUGUGGCAGGAGCCCCGCAGGCCAUUGUGUCACACUUGGCCGCCAGGGGUUUUUCCCAGGUUUCUCCCCCGCAGGUGCCCUCCAGACCAGACUGUGCCAUGGCGGGGGGAUGCUUCGGCCUGUGCCGGCUGCUCCGGAGGAAGAGGAAGAACAGGAGAGGCCCUGGAGCUGGCCCAGCACAGGAAGCAGAGGAGGAGGUGCAGCACUUCCAGCCACUGCAGCAGGAUCCAGGCCGGGACCGCCCAGAAGAGCAGGACCGCGCCCGUGGCCGCUUGCGCAGGGCAGUUCAGAGGUUGCUGAAAUUCAUUGGAGUUCGGCGCAGAACAGCCACGACCGCACCGCCCGAGCUCCCGGCACAGCCUGACACCAGCGCAGCCGAGCUCGAGGCGGAGCCGGAUGUCAGCACUGCACCGAGGGACUGUGCAGCCAGCGGUGACAUGGCACUGACCGAUGGCACAGCAACCUCAGACAUGGCAGUGACUGAUGGCACAGACACCACCACCAUGGCAGCCAUUGAUUGCACAGCCAACUGUGGCACAGACAUCUCUGACCAGACACUGGUUAAUGGCACAGCAAACUUGGACAUGGCACCACUCGAGGGCACAGAAGCCACUGACACUGCACCUCUCCAGGCCACAGCCACCUCUGACACGGCACUGAUGGAUGGCACAGCCACUUUUGACACGGCACUGACCGACGCUGAGACAAGCUCUGACACGGCACCAACUGAUGUCGGGGCCAAGGCUGACGCCACAACUGAGAGCAUCGCAGACACCGACUGCCUGCCCAUGGACAGUGUCACUGAUGCUCCCAGUCUGGACAUUUGGGAAGAGAAAACUGUCUCCAAUGUGAAUGAAGUAAGCAGCCUGUGGCCAGGGCUCGAGCUCCCCAGGGGUCUUGCGGCCCCUCAAGCCGGCUCUGCUGGGCCCUCAGAGCCUUUGAGGCCAGCACAGUGUGGUGGGAAGGGAAGCCCUUCCUGCGGCAAGCUGGGCAACCUGCUGGCUCUGGCAGCUCUCCAAGUGUCUCCCACUCCCCUCCAGGUGCCGGCCAUUGUCAGAUCUAUCCACCAGUGGCUCACGUGCCGGGUGUCUCCAGAGGUCAGGCCGCCCAUUGCCAUCCGCAGGCUGGCCCACGCACACCCUGGGCACGUGGUGACGACUCUCCUGCACUGUGCCCCAGCGUGUGACAGAGCUGCUGCAAUCCUGUGGAGGACCAUCGCCUCCUCGGCCACCACAGCACACGAGGUGCUGCCAACGCUGCUCGGGGUAAUGGAGGACUGGCCACUGCACAGCGUGUGCACCUCCAACGGGGACCACGUGGACGUCUUUGCCCUGGCUGCAACCCUGGCCCUGUGGCUGAUGGUCCAGGAGCUCCAGUGCCAAGAUGCACUGUUCGUUUAUGCCCCUCGUCUCCUCCUGGCUCUGCUCUGCCAAGUUUCUAUGAGCACUGAGCAGAUGCCACAGGAGGUCAGCACCUUCUGGAGGGGAUGCCAGGAGCUACACGGCCUUCCCACCCACCCCAACAGCUUUGUGGUGCAGACCAUCCGGGCCCUGCUCUGCCGGCUGCAGUGGGACCAGGAGCUGGUGUCAGUGGAGCGCAAGCGUGGCUGGGACGCGCUCCUCUCUGCUGACACCCACCACUACGCGGUGGGGCUGCUGGCCAGGGAGAUGCGCCACGUGUUGGUCCCCUCCUAUGGCCCGCUGGCAAGGCACCUGCUGGGGCUGCUCAGCACGGAGGGGCCCCGCUGGGAGCUGCCUGCCCUGGCCUUCCUUGUCGAGGUGAGCCCGAUGGCCAGCGCUGCCUGUGCUGGCUGGAAGGCAGGAGCCAAGGAAUCCCAGCAGGAAAAAAAGCUGACCAAGGGUGCCUUGUAG